UGGUGAAAAAUUAUACAUAAACGGUGGUCUAAAUGGUACUUGUUGUUGGUGCCAUUGUGCGGAGCAGGCAGUGAUCGUCUCUCGGUGACGCGCUGUGACUUCACACGGAGGCUGGAGGUGGACGCCGCCGCUCCGAGCUGCUCUCUCUCUCCGUCUCCUCUUCUCCUUCAGCGGCCGUCCGUGAAGCAGAAAGCCGAAAGGGAUGCAGCCAGCGGGCGCGUACGGCGCCGGGAAGGCCGGGAGCGUCCACUUCGAUGCGGUCGCCUUCUUCACGCAUCCCCGCACCAUCCUCAGGCUGAUGUCGUGGGUAAGUGAGGCUUCUCUGCAAUGUGCGGCUUUCUAUCAAUGAACAGGCCUACCUGCAGCCCCCCCUCUCUGUCUCAUUCACAUUGUCUGUCUUCGCGCUCAGCUCGUCAAUCCUGUCUGCUCAGUGUCUAUAUAAAUCAGUGUUUCAUUAAAGAUCUGUCAUUUUUGAGGCAAAUCUUUGUAGUGUUGUCAAUUUCAGUUUAGUGAAAUAGUCAGAUAUCAUGUGAGAGAUACAGCUGGAGCUCCAGCAGCAGCAGCCUCUUAUUACCAUAUGUUUAUCAGGAGCCUCUUUGUGUCUAGAUGGGUCUCAGUGUUUUGGAUAAAUCCCCGCUAGCCAGAAUGUAACACCUCUGUGUGUCAUCUCUGUGCAGCCGUGAGUCACCACACAGCAGCUAAUGUGUACCCUGAAGGCAAAAGGAGUAAUAAUUCUGUUUUAUAGCAGACACAGACAGUCAAAGGGAGGACACAAACCCUCUGUCCGUGUCUCAUAAUUCAAUUCUGGAUUCAAUUACUGGAUUUGUUUGGACCAGAUGACCUGAGCCAUUAUAACAAAACACAUGGGGGCAGUGAAAGAAGACACAGGAGUAACAUCAUAGUCAGAGAAGAUAAAACAGGAACUGAAACAGAUCAGCAUAGUGGAACAUACAUUUUUGUUAUGGGCAUUGUAAGUGGACUGCAGUCAAAUCUAUACUCCUUUAUACAUGCACUUCUCCACAUUUUGGAAGCCAAUGUUCAACUUAAUAGUCAUUUUUCAGAUCAAACUCAUAGAUUGAAAUGAUCUCAUCUCAAAAAAUGAAGCCUCACAGUGAUAUAUCAAAGUGGCUGUAAAUGGCUUCAGUGUUACAGCUGCAAGACUAACAGGAUCUAUCCUCGAGAGCAUCGCUAAUCAUCCUCUCAUUACAUAAUACACUGAGGCAUUCAGAAAUGCAACAAGAAACAGCUGAGAUCAAAGUGAAUCCUCCUUAUGAAGUGCAGAAGACAUGAGCUUUAAAAUCCCAAUUUCUUAUCCCACCCAGUCUUAGCAGCUCACAUUAAGUAGACAUUAAGUCUGAUUCUGCUCAAGGUUUCUGCCUGUUGAAAGGACAUUUUUCUGUGCAACUGAUGCCAACGGAUCAGUCAUUGGUGGGAAGUUACUUCAGCUAACUCUAAUAAAAUCUAAAUAAAAAUGAUUUUACUUUGGCAAAGAUCAGAGUGAGGUUUCUGCCACCAGAUUUAGACCAUUAGAAAGUGUAUCAUGACCUUUAAAGCUCCAGUGAGGGAUUUUUGUCUAAUUUUAAAACAAAUUGAAAUGAACAGUGGUGCUUCUUUAUGACCUACGACCUAUGACCUACGUCUAACAAUUCAGUUUUGUUAUUUUUUAUGCCCAUCCCAAGUGUUCACACCAUAGACAUUUUAUACGUAGACACCUUGUUACAUGCUGGAGCGUAAUCCAGCAUCAUUGAAACCAGAUCACGUAGGAUUACAUUUCCCAAUAGGACUGAAAAAUAACUUGGUUUAUUUUUAAUGUGUGACAUUGUCCUGUAUUAUGGCUACAUCCCUGCCAUUGUAACAAACCAAACAGUGUGAAAAUUGGGCAGAGAUUUGGAGAGUUAUUAUCAACAUGUUUGGGCAUUCCUACCUACCUUAAUGCACUGGAGGCUCAUGGGGGACCCAUCCAAGAUGGUGGCCGUCCUGAUAUGUGAGCUCCAAUAGGCAGCGUCAGGCUUUUAGGCGUCUACGUAUAUCAUUUCUAUGGUUCACACAGCCAUCAUUCUCUUCAUACCAAACCCAAGGGGGAAAUGUUUGUGUUUCUUGUAGCCUGUCUCAACAAAAAUACCCCAAAUUAAGCCCAAAACUUAUAGGGUCACAAGAAUCGUAUUACUUAAUUGAUUAGUUAAGAAUUGUGCAUGAAAAACUCGACAUAUUACAGGUUUCAAAGAAAUAUACGAUAACCUGUUAGCCACGCUCAGACAAUGGCUAACUUUAGCUUUUACAUUUAAGCUAAUACUACUGGCUAAUAUAUAGGUAUUGUAGAGUUUAUCCCUAGUGUUUGUAAUGUUAGCUAGGAAUUGACCCCCACAAUAACAGCGUACUAGCGAAGAAUUGGGUGACUGCUAAUGUUAGCUGUUGAUAUACGAUCGCUUAAGGUUGAUCAAAUUAGCUGUAUCUUUUAAGUUGUUCAUUAAUCAAAAAGUACUGAGUUAAUAACUCUCAUCAGGGUUCCUUAAUUUAAUAAUUUACAGCAGUACAACAUAAUCCCUGAAUCUUGAGCUCCACACCUGGAGCGUGGUGUGAGAAGAAAGGAGCUGAAUAUGGUUGAUUGUACCUUUAAGGUUCCUGUAAAUGAAUAACGUAGAGCUUAAAUCGAGGUGCUUCACUUAGACCUGGGGAGGGAGAUAAUCUGGAUUAAUUGGCAACCUUACAGACCUCUUUCAAGGAUUUCAAGGCUACAUCGAUUGGUUGAUUGCUAAAAGGUUUUCUUAUUUCUGCUUGCUGUAGUCCCAGACUUUUAGUCCUGGAGAAGUUAAUCAGGGAUCUUUAUGAACUAGGCCUGUGUGUCUGAGCCCUUCAGCUGCUCUGACUCUCAUCAGCUGUUCCCUGAGACUGGUUUUUAGUUCUUUAAUCCUCUUUUUCCUCAGGACUGCCUGCUUUCAUCUGCUUGUUACUUGUCUCUAUCUCUGUUCUUAGUCGUCUGUUCACCCAAAAUAACUCUUUCAAACAUACAGAGGUGUAUUUUUGUGUCUGGAAGGAGUUGUUUUUUUUAACGUGUCUGCAUGUGGCGUGUAUGAGGAAUGACAGGCAUUCAUACACUCGUGUGAGUUCAUUCUCUUCUUCCUGUUAGAUGAUAAAUCUGUCCACGUGCGCUUCCCUGCAGGUUUUCUCCAUGGUGGUGUUCAGCUGCAUUGUGAACGAGGGCUACAUCAACAUUGGUAGUGAGCGUUUGCUCUGUGUCUUCAACAACAACGCUGAUGCCUGCAACUACGGCAUCACCAUUGGCGUGGCCUGUUUCCUCGGCAGCAUCUUUUUCCUGAUCCUAGACUAUUACUUUCCCUCCAUCAGCAGCGUCAAGGACAGAAGACGUGCCGUUCUGCUGGACCUCAUCUUCUCUGGUAUGGUAAAUUAUAAAUAAACUGCUGUUAAAAAAGUAUGUUAGAUAGAGUACUUUUAGCUAUAGGACGGUCACAUAAAAAGCACAUACGAAGAAAGCUUGAAAACCUUUUAAACCACUUUUAAACCUGGUAGAUAAGGGAAACACAAUACCAGAAAAUAUCUUUGAUCUCUCAGACUGUAGCCAAGAUGUUUGUGGUUUUGAUAUUAUCAUCCUUGUGACGCUAAAUUCAAAUAGAUUCUCCAUGGCUGUGUUUCAACUUUCUACAAAUUUUUACACAAAAUCAAGAGCUCAUUUUAAAACCCUGGUGAAAAACACAGAGACCAUGAUAUUCUUAGGCAGAGAUAUUAAAAUGCUGCUGAGGUCAACGCCACUGAUUGGCAAUACGAAAAGAAUACUUCCUUGUACAAUACAUUUUUAAGAUUAGAUAUCAAGGAUGUACGAUGAAGUUAGGGCCACAUUAAGAAAAAAAAAAAAUCUAGAUUUCGAGAUUAAAGUCGUUAAUUUAUGAGAAUAAAGUCAUUACUAAUGAGAAUAAAGACGUACUAAAAUAAUUAUGAGAACAAAGUUGUAAUAAAAUAAUUACUUAUGAGAAUUAAGUCGUAGUCAAAUCAUUAUACUUUUGAUAAUGUGCCAAACAAUCCUUGUUUGAGAAUGGGGUACAGUGUGGCUCGAACGUUUAUUGAAGUUCAUUUUCAUGAAAUGCUCUGUUGCUCUCAUUUUAACAAUUAUCAUUUUAAACAGCAGGUUAGAAUAUAAGGACUUUAUUUUGACCCUCAUAAGUAAUUGCCUUAUUACAAAUUUAUUUUUAUAAGUAAUGAUUUUGUUACGACUUAAUUUUCGCAAGUAAUGAUUUUAUUAUGACUUCAUUCUCAUAAGUAUUGACUUUAUUUUCGUUAGUAAUGACUUCAUUCUCGUAAAUUAGUCUCAAAGUCUUAAUUUUUUUUCUUAAUGUGGCCCUUAUACUCCGUUUUCAGGAUUACUUCAAUUUGAAUUUUAUUGUUUGAACAGUUAACUUGAAGCUACUGCCAUCUGCUAGCUAGCUAACAGUUCAGCAAGAAACAGCUUGUCCAAUGAUGUCCUACCAGAAGUACUUAACAUUCUGAAUACUCACUAACUACGACUUUUUGUUAAACUGAUUUUUAUUGAUGUUUUGCUGUUUACUCUUUAAGGACAGGUUCUUUGAUUUAAGUCACUUUUUAACUAAGGUGUAUGUGAUGCAAGAUAAUGGUGGUGAAACAUGCAUUGACCUUCCUGACUCCUCUGUGUCCGUCCUUCAGGGGUUGCCAGCUUCCUGUGGUUCGUUGGCUUCUGCUUUCUGGCCAAUCAGUGGCAAGCAACCUCUCCAGACGAACUGCCAUUGGCUCAGGGCUCCGAUGCUGCCAGAGCCACCAUCGCUUUUUGCUUCUUCUCCAUCCUUUCCUGGGUUUGUAUGAUUUUUCUUUGACAGCAUCUUUCUGUGUUUGUGUGUGCAGACGUGUCCUCAUUAUGUGCGUCGAUCCAUGUGGGUGUGUGUAUCCACCAUUGUGUGUGUUGUUUGUUUUCAGGGAUAUCAGUGUCUGCUGGAAAUGAGCAGAUUUAAGAGCAUUUCAUUUAUGGAGGACAAGCAGAGGCUCCUGCCAAGAACCCCUCCCACUCUUUCUCUAGUCUAACACACUAACUUAAACACACAGACAAACAAACACUCAUGUACUUACUGGUAGGUCAAAAGAUGCGAGUAUUUGAGUGGGCUCAGAUUAUGCCAUUAACAAAAAUUCAGGAUGACUCUCUCAUUAACAUUUAUGGAUAGAGAAUUGUGCAUUUUUCUCCAUUAUUCCAAUUAGAGAUGCCCAUAUUCUAUCAGCAUCAGCAGUGUGUGUAUGCCCUUGAGCAGGAAACCUGAUCCCUAAACAGCCAACAACAAGUCAGACCUCAGUGUACCUGAAUAGUGUUCAGGUGAGGAUGUGGGCACAGGAGCAUAACACUCCUGAAAAGAACUCCUCAUAGACAAACUUCCUGCUCAAAUAAGAUAAAACUUGGCCAAUCUGUCUGAUUUAUCACCUACUGAUAACCCAGCAGCACCUAUUCAAUCAGUCUCCUCACCAAACCUAUCGCAGCCAUUCAUCUCUCUGUCAGAGAAAGCACAGUGGUUAAGCUGUAAUUGUGUCAGAGAUGAGAAGUGUGAUAAAAAAGAUCUUAUUUUUGUCUUCAAACUUGUUUUUUUUCAACUGGUCUUUGUAUGAAUUAUAAAAUUAUUCUUCUUUGGGUCAUUUAUAGCAAGUGGCAGAGUCAAAUCAUGUUUUUUUCUACUUUAGUGCUCUGUCUGUAGCGAAAUACUCCCUUACUAUGGCCUUUGAAAUCUUGUAUAUUUGUAGCCAGUUCGUGCAUCAGGUAACUUGCUAAAGUUAUUAAUAUCCUGACUCUUCUUCUAACUAAAAGACAUCUUCAACUUUUAUUUCUUUGCAUUAAAUAACAAAUUUAGGCUACUAUGAAGAGUUUUUAGCUGGUUAGCUUCAAAAUUAACUCAGGCCAACAGUGUAAGGAUUAUUUCCAGAAAGUGUCAGAAAAAGUAAGCAACCAAACCCUGUAUAAGCCAAACAAUCUUUCUUUAACAUUUUUGAUUAAUUAUAUUUUUGACUUGGUAGAAUGGGAUUUUAUUCCCUAAAAGUACUAGUUUAACUUGUAUGGUGAAGACCGUUUUGUCUACGGGGGUGUCCUCAAGUUGCUUACAGGAGUUUUAAAACAAACUAAUAUUUAGAGCUAAUUAGAAUAUUAAGUUCCGAGUAUUUUGACAAAACUAUAUUUGGGAUAAAUUUGUUUGACGUAUAUUUUAAAAUUUUAAAUUCUGACCCUUGUCCCAUCUAUCAGCAAGUAGGAGGCAGGCUUUUUAACCUACACUGCAGCCAAUCACUAGGGGGAGCUCUACGUGUUUUGGCUUCACUCUACAGGAGCUGUCAUGUUGCCUAUCUCUCCACUCUCUGGUGUGAACGUAGUGUGACUAACACCUUCUGCUGUGCGUGUGUGUGUGUUUGUUUGUGUGUUACUAACAGGCUGUGCUGACGCUGAGCGCCCUGCGCCGCUUCUUGACUGGCAGCAGCCAAAACUUGUUCACAUGGCAACACUUGGACCCCGCCCCCAGCAACGCUCGAGCCACACCGUACCCCAUCGCCAACGGGGCUACCAUAGUAACCACCAACCCCUAUCAAGCCCCGCCCUUCACUGAAACCCUGGACCCGCAGAAGCUCACACAGCAGAGACCCAUGGCUCCUGCCUUCUAGAGACAGAUACACCGUAAGGCAGAUAGAAAGAGGAGGUGCAGGAUCGACACUAAAAACAGCGCGGGCGUGGACCACUUCCUGCCUGGAUAGUUAGCAGCUUUUCCUCCUCUCCGGGGAUUGGAGGGAAAUUUGGGGUCACGUGAUGAAAGUCCUAUUUUCACCAUGGCAACUGCUGGCUCUGCUUAGUUAGUUGUAUCUCUGUUGUGUCAAGAUAACUGUCUUCAGCUCAUGUACACUCAGUCACUCACGCACACAGAUGGAAACCAGCGCACGUAAACACAGCUGUACUCUCACACACACCUGGAAACACGUGUAUAUACACUUGGACGACACACAUACACACACACACACAUGCACAUCUUGACUGCAUGUUCAUAUGGUGCAGUGCAGGUAACAUAGACGUCCAGUAGAUCAGUGAUGAAGCUUCAUCUGCCUUAGAAAAAGAGUCUGUAGUGGAGGAAACACAAAGGGUGCAGCGCUGCAGCUCUGUUUAUCUGCUUCUGUUUGCCCUCAGUUUGCUUGUCCGAUUACAAGCUUGCAGACCUGUGGCCUCUCAUUGGAUUGUGACUGACAUACAGCUUGACCAACAGAAUGUUAGGAAACGGGAUGAGGAAUUUCGGUACAUUUUCUUGGCAAGGAAAUAAAGGCAGGAUGGCUUAAUGCAUUCUGAAUGCUGUAGUGUUUCAGUGUGAAAUAUUCAUGUGAUUAAAUAUUUUAUUGUGAUAUGCUGAAGUGGCAAAAUGAAAUAUGAAAAAUAAAAUCUAUCCACCACAACCACUGCCUACAUCACAGCUGUGCGUCUGCCUAUGUGCACAUCCCCUUUUAAUAAUUCCUUAGCUUCUUGCUAUGUGUGACACUCUUUUUAACAUGAUUAUGUAUCGAGACCAAGAUCCAAGGAUGUGUUGAGCAUAUUAAACAACAUCUGCUGAAAGUCCAUAAUUAGAAAGCGUUGUGUUGAAUUCAUUAGCGGCAGCAGGCAGCAGCUGUUUGUUAGCUUUAUUUUUGGAUGUUGCGGGAAAGACGCAGACUUUAACUCUUUAUAAAUGGAGGAAGAAUGAAUUUAGAAACAAGGUGGCGGAGUCAAAUGAAAGUCAGGAAGUGGUUUUAUUCCAUCACUUUCCAAUCCUCACGUUACGGCAGGUGAGCAUAUCAAUCCCUGCUUUCAUUCUGCACAACAAUAUUAUAAACACUUGCAUCAUCUAGAAGUCGCCAUUGUAAUCAUCAUCAUCAUUAUAAUCAACAUCCUAUAGCGCUCACAUACUCAUCAUCAUCAUCAUCCAUCCACCAGCAGAUGCAUUAACAUUCAAAAAUGUAUAAAUUCACUUCUGUAGUCCUCAUGUCAUUGCUGCUGUGUUAAUAAAAUAUAAUCUUAACCUUUGUCUACAAAGUUACACACGCCCUCCAAUCACCUGAAAAAGCCCUUCUGUACAUCUGCACUAGUCCACGCCUCACCCCCGAGAGACGAAUCAGCUCCUGCUUCGGACAGCAGGGGGCAGUCUACCUCUGCAGACCUCUGAUCAUAUGCUUCAUCAUCAUCAUCAUACUCACCUGCGUCUGGACUACCUCUACCCUGAGAAUACUAGGACAAAGGGUGGGGUGGGCAAAGGGAGGGAAGGGGGUAGGGUGGGGGCUGAGAAACUAAGCAGAACAAAUAUUGGAUUAGGUAGGGUCAGGAAAAAAAGUGAGGUAGAAACUACAAGAGCCGAGGUUGUUUGACACAAUUUGAACUCAGAGUGCAAGUUGAAAAUUUUUUGGACUGUCAGGAUUCAAUAAAAGGAAGAUAUUCGUAUUUUUGAUUUGGCUGUUUUUUGAAAACGGUUAAAAACUGAUGACUCCAGUGGCAGUUUAGAGUAGAUAUAAGGAGGUAAGAAAAUUAAGGUUUUAUUAAAAAACACUUAAUUCCAACUUGAUUAAAUAUAAGUCCCACUUUGCUUAAACUUGAACAAGCGUACUGUAUCUGUUUUUCUUGGAGGAGUAAGUAUGCAGUAGACAAAUUAAGCAUUUACAUUAAAAAAACAUUUAUUAGCUUUAACAGGAUUUACUUUUAUUACUUAAAGUUGUUUUGUUUUAAUAAAACAUAACUGCUGUUCUCUAAAACAUAGCAGUACUUGAAGUGAGUUAUUAAAACACCGCGAAUGAGAUGCUGUUUGUUGAGCUUGGAAACAAUUAAACGGUUCGUCAUUUAGCAGAAAAUGAAUCUGCAGUUAUCUAAUGGCUGAUUUAUCUUUUAUGAAGCAAAACUGAUGAAUAGUUGAUGCUUUCAGCCUCUAAAAUAAAAGAGCUGUAGCUUUCUUGUCCAACAUAAUUGGGUAUAGAAGAUCUUUGGAUUUCGGACACUUCAUAGGACAAAAAAAAAAAGUGAUGUGAAAAGAUAUUUAGAGAGGAUGUGAUGAAUCUUUUACUAUUCUUUCUGGUGUUUCAUAGAUCAAGACAUUAACUGCUCUGAAAGAAAUAAGUAGAAGUUUGAACAAUAACUAAAGAUGUCAUCAGAUGUAGUCAGAGGCUGUGUUUCCUCUGUAUCAACAAGUACACAAGCAGUGACUGAAUCCAUGCUGCAGCUUUUGUGUAGCUACAUCUUGCACUCCGACCAAGGCUUAAGGUGUGAGGAAAAGAAUGAGAGCAAAAGCAGGAGGAAGGGAUCAAGCAAAGGGGCGGGUUUUAGUGUUGGAGUACAUACUGUAGGGGAGACGGGGCUACUGUGUCUGACCUAAAGCUAGGACUAUGGUAGAAGAAAAGGAAGCGUCUUCUUGUGUGCAUCUUGAGUGCAAACUUCACAACAGGUCUUUAAACGCAUUCACGCUCAUACACACGCAUAGCCUGAAAGAGUUCUGCUCAAACACCCUGUGAGAAUCUCGUCAUUAGACAGGAUGAGGCGAGAGGAGGGGCCUUAAAAAAGUAGCAGGUGUCCCUCCCGUUGUGGAUCGCUGCUCCCGCCUCCUUCGUGUGCCCCAGCGGCACGUCACGCUUGUCCUCACGAGAAAGUAAUCCUUCCUGCCUCGCAGAGUUUCUUUAGUCGUCCACUGAACUUUCCUCUGGGUGAUUAGGAGAGAGGGUUGUGGCAUCAAACGACAGAGUCCGCCUCCUCAGCUCUACACUGCUGUCCAUCAGCUGGGUUGCUAUAGUGACAGGCUCCUCUCCUGGCGGCGGGCUCACCCUCUGCUUCCUGUUCCUGCCGGACACUGGAGAUACUGAUUGGCUGAAGCGUCUCCGGUGCUCCCCUGGGCUCGGAGAAAGGAGCCUACUUUUGUGUGAAGAGCCGGGGGGAGGUUGUGUGUGUGAGUGUGUGUGAACAGAACUGUUUAUGUGGCUCACUUCCUCAUCAGCGGCGUCUAAAUGGGGGCUAGAGUCCAAGCCGGAGCUGGGUGAUGCUGAAAGAUUGGAGUCACCGCCGGGGACCUUCAGACUUGAGAGGUUCUGCGUGCUGGCGGGCCUCUUCUCCACCUCUGUUUGUGAGCCACAGACGGCAGGCUCAGGUACCUGUUCCUGCCCAGCGGUUUCACUGUGGCUCUGACUGUGGCCCCUGCAUGGGAUGACCCUCUGGGCGUGUGCAUAUUUCAGUGUGUGCACACUGGAUGAUCGCUGGCGUGGCGGUGUCGGGGAGACAGCUGGAACUGCGAGGCGCGUCUCUACCAGAUCAUCAGCUGAGCCGCUUUGAUCCACAGAGUCAGAGCGCACCGCCUCCUGCGGACACAAACACAAGAACACCAACUUAAUAGAGAUUUUGUGUUGGGUUCAAAAUGUUGUAGGAAAUAGACUCCCACCAGCACAGAAAAACACAUUGUCUUGUUCAAUCUCUUCUUGGAGUAAUUCGACUCAAGGGGAAAAAUCUAGUUCUGUUCUGUAUUCUUCUGUUCUGAGCAGCCUUGAAAGUGAUCUAAAGCUGGAGCAGUCUGAGUUGCUGAGUCAAGUGAAACACAUAAUAUGGGCAUUGUUGCUUUUUUGUAUCAGUCGAGCUUGAACAAGAAGAACCAAAAAAGGGAACUUUAAUGAAGUGUAGUUUAGAGGCUACUUCUGUGAAAUGUCAGAGUCGGAUUUCUGUAUUCAUCCUUACUGUCUUUAUUUAUAAUUAAAGGGAUACUCCGGCGUAAAAUUAAUUUAGGGUCAAACACACCGUAACACAGAGUUAGACACCCCCGAGAGAGAUGAAUGUUGCUGACCGCUUGCUUCUCUAGUUAUACCAACUUUAGUAACAACCGCACGAUAGCAAUACACAGCGGUCUGAGGAGCCAUAUGCAAACCUCAACCAAAAAGCCACUCUAUAGCCACAAAUAAUGCUCAGAACAGCACCUAACUUCAUCAACAGUACUUUAUCAUUUUCUUGAAGUAAUAAUCAUUAUAUUAAUCAUUUUGCACUGCAGAAGCUGUAGUUCUUCUGCCUUAGCGUCUUGGUCUGAUUGCGUUUCCAUAAAGUAAUGAUCAUAAAUGUUCUUCCUUGAGCUGUGUCACCCCGUUGCAGUCCAUAAUGGACUGGCCCGAGGUCUCGCUACAAACAAGCGGCUGCUGGAAGAGAGUAGAUGAGUUGUGUUUAGUCUCUUUGCUUAAGAAAUUAGGCAAAGCUAAAAAGAUGUUUGGUGGCUAGAACUAUAGCUGGGACCCUAUAUGUACUGUUGAUGAAGUUAGGUGCUGUUCUGAGCAUUAUUUGUGGCUAUAGAGUGGUGUUUUGGUUGAGGUUUGUUUAUGGCUCCUCAGACCGCUGUGUAUUGCUUUGUGGGGUUGUUACUAAAGUUGGUAUAACUAGAGACCCAAGUGGUUGGCAACAUUAAUCUCUCAAGGGGGUGUCUAAAUCUGUGUUACAGUGCGUUUGACCCUAAAUUAAUUUUACACUGGAAUGUCCCUUUAACUUUGUCUGAACUAUGACAGGAGGAGAAAUCUUCACAGUUAAUGCUCAGAGUAAAAACCAGAACAGAGACUCUUUUAAUGCACAUAUAGACAAGUGAGGUCAAGAUGAUCUUGACUGAUUUCUCAUCAGUUUGGAGAACAGAUCGAGGAUCAUAAAUCAUUUUUUUUUAGAUUGCCAAAAGAAAAAAGAAAAAAAAAAACAAGCCUUUUGUUUUACUUUUCUACUCCGCACUAAGCCGUGGCUCUAGCUGUGCAAUUACAGGCGCAGUGACUCUGAAGGCAUCUGCAUGCAUCUCACUCACAGGCUCAAAUCAGAAAUCAGCAGUGUGUCAGUGCUCUAGCUGUGUGCAAUCAUAGGUCAUGUGAAGUGCUCCGGUACGGUGAAUUAAACACCUCCAUGUUCCCACUCUGUUCAUGUUUUGGGUGUUUUUACCAUGAAAAUCACUCUAACAGCAAUGUUUGAGUGACACAUUGCUUCAUCUCUGACCAGUGGCUGCAGUUUCUGUUUCUAUUCGGCAAUAGUGAAGUUAUUUGUUUCAUUACUUAAUUUAUAAUCAUCUACAUGGCGUAUCGGGGGAAUUAUUUUUCUUGGACUGCUAUUCAAGCACUGCACCCAGCAUUUUUUAGCCGGAUGUCCUAAAGGCAUCUGUUAUGAUGACCAACUGUCUCAGUGCUGAAAAUGCAACCUAUUUCUUUAGGUUUAAUUAUUCUACUGACAUUCAACACACACUUAGAUUUGUGCCUCUUUGUCCCCUCUGUGUCACUGAAGGUGUGCAUCUUUCUCAUGCACGUAUUGUUUUUAAGUGGAAGCAGUUACUUCAGGAAAAAGUAAAAGCUAAUCGAGACAGAAAUGUAAAUGUACACCAAGAUGAAUUUUUUUUAUCUGAAACAGUCUGAACUGUUGGAGAACGUUUAAAAAGAUCAUAAUCCAACUGUGAUUCAUUCACCUUCAUUGUCUCAAAGGGUUUAAAUAAAAAUUACUAGUUAUUUGCAUGUCUGUCCGCUUUCCUUACAGUCAUUUCUCAUCAUUUCUCAUCCUCUAGAUUUAAAAGGAGGUAGUUUGCUGCUGUGUUUGGGUUACUUUGAUGUGUUAUGUCUCAUUCAAGACAUACUUUGUGUUGGUUCACUUUGUUUUAAUUGCAUUUUUCGUGAGCCUUAUGUCUUUUUUAGAAAGAUAUGACAACAGUAGGAAAGAGGCUAAAGGGGGUCGGGCAUGACAUGUGGCAAAUAACAUGAUGGUAGCUAUGACAACUGUAGCCUCUGCACCUGGAAUAUAUGACUGAACCAUUGAGACGAGUCAGCUUCCCCAUGUCAACAUGGGUCAUCAGCUACUAAUUACUCUGUGAUGAUUUUCACACCUAGCAUACUCAAGAGUCUGCUCUGUUUCUGAACUGAGUGGGCAAAUUGAUAACAGAUAAAUAGAUAAAUUGGCAAUUCAAGAACGUAAAAUCACGUGUUGCAAAUGAAAAUUAGAAUUCAAUUCAAGCAAGACAAUAUACGACUGAAUUUAAGCUUAAGAAACCGAAAAGGAAAAAGAUUCAGUGCAACUGCAAUCAUAUCUCAUUUAUGAGUUUGCAGACAAAGAGAAAAUUUAAGCUCCAGUGAAGAAAUUGGAGUUUGCUUUGACUUAAGUACCCCCUCUUACCUUUUGUUGAUUCUGAGAGUUUUUCUUUUUCUAAUUAAAAAUCCCUUUCACUUAUUUAAUAUCAAUCUUUUUUUGUAGAAAAUGUGAAAAAAAAAGUUUGACACCUGCGCUGAAAUUCAAAAUGACUUUAUCAAAAAUAUCACUCAUGUCCUUGAUGGUUUUGUUUGCCUGAGUUGGUCAUUCAGAGUCAUCAAUAUUAAUUUCUGUCUGUUUUAUAACCGGCUAAAAACUCCUCACAGCAGCUUUAAAUUAUAAAUUAGUUGUUUCUAAAGCAGAAAUGUCAACGUUUGCAGGUUGCAGCUGUUUGAAGCAAUGAUUUGCAGCUUCUCCUUUUUAUCUGGAGGUAAUUAACAAGUCUUGGGUUUGAGUCUAUUGGGAGGAAAAAGUAACUAUUUGAAGACUUUGUGCGGUUUUGAUGAUUUUUUAAAAUAGUUAUUGAAAUAAUUCUGUGGGACCAAAGAUGAAAAAUGAAAUUAUUGUUUGUUACAGUUCCAGUAUAAGGCAGGGAGAAAUAAUUGGACAACAACAAACCUGUCUCCGUAGCUGUCUGCUCGCAGUACGAAGGGACGAGGGUCUCCUCAGGGCUGAACUUUCUGGAACGUAGGACGGACUCAGCUUGUUUCUGUCCAGACUGUCUUCAGGGUUGAGCCAGUGAGAAUGACGUCUGCUGGCACUGUGUGUGGGGCUCAGCCUGAGCGAGGAGUGUCUGUCUAUACUGUGACUGGACAUGAGUGUAGGUCUGUCUGAGCUGUGGUCUGGAUUCAGCCUGUAUCCGUCCAUGCUCCGAGUGGAGCUCAGUCUGUGUCUGGUAAUCCGGUGAGCUGGACUGAACCUGUAUCCAUCGAUACUGUGUGCAGAGUUGAGUCUGUGUCUGUUUAUCCUGUGAGCCGGGCUAAACCUGUAUCCUUCUAUGCUGUUAGUGGGACUCAGCCUGUAUGAAGAGUGCCUGUCGAUGCUCUGAGACGUGCUGAGGAAGAUCUUCGGCCUGCUGCUGCGUCCAGAUCCCAGGGAGGCAUGGCUGAUGGUCGGCAGAGCUCCAGGAACCUGCAGCAGAGAGCCGCCGCCACUGGAGCCUAAAGAUGACAUGGAGCCUGCAGAAAAUAAUGUGGCAAAGAAGACACUCUGAAUAAAGAAAAACCAUAAUAA